CAACCGGCAUAUUUCCUAGGAUUGAACCAAAGAGGUUCCUUUUUGUCCUCCGAUAACAUUCUAGCUAGGUCUUCCUCUUUCUCACAGGACACAGACCAAGGUCUUCGAAUCGCCGUCAAAUGAUCCCUCAAGCAUCUUUUCUGUCUAACACCAUCUUCCCAAACCCAUUUCUCUCCAAAUCAUCAUACCCUCUCCGCACAGUCCAUAUCUCAGUUGAUAAAUCCCUCCAAAACCCUAAACCCUUUACCAUCAGAUGCCAUAGCCCUCCAUUUCUACCCCAUGAAUCUACAAACCGCCGUGAUGUUCGUUCCUACGCCGGAAGGAGUAAGAAGACUCCAGGUGAGCCCUCCUCUGGACGCAUUGAGGGAAGCGCCGAGCUCCGCAAAGAGGUCAAACGCAACGCCCACCGUCGGAGCCGUAAGCUUGCGGAGAAUCUUUUCUACAGAUUGAAGAAUCCCCACAAGAAUUACCCCGACAAUUUCUCCGAGGAGGAGCUCCAAAUGAUCGGUUUAGGGUAUGAUAGGUUGGUAAGGUUUAUGGAUAAAGACGACCCUAAUCUUCGUCAUCCUCAUGACUGGUACAAGUAUGGUCAAUUUGGACCCUAUUCGUGGCGCGGCGUCGUUUUGGGUGAGCCCAUCCGUCCGAGCCUUUCAGACGAGUACGUGUCCAUGAUUGGGGAAGUUCGAGACCAAGAAGAAUGGGAGAAGAUAGAGAGGUUCGAAAUGGCGGAAGAAUUUGGGAAGCAGAUGAAUUCAAUGGAUAAGAAGAAUGGUGGGUUGCGUUAUUAUUGGGUUUUUGUUCGUCAUCCAAAAUGGAGAGUUUCAGAUUUGCCAUGGGAACAAUGGACAUUGGUUUCUGAGGUUGUUCUUGAAGCUCGAAAACAGAGACUAGAUAAAUGGAAUUUGAUGGGUAGACUUGGCAACAAUUCCCGAGCUUCAAUCACCCAAUGUGCUGCUUGGUUCAGACCCGAUAUAUUAUAUGUGAAGAGGCCUGUUUAUCAGUGUAGAUUUGAACCUCAGGAAGAAUUCUUCAAGGGAUUGGCGCCAUUGUUAAAUCCAGAGACGGAGGGAAACUUUCUGUGUGAGCUUGAGGAUGAAGAUGGGAAUGUCCAACUGGUAACUUAUUUUGGUGGGUUAUGUAAACUUGUGAAGGUAAAUCAGAAAGCAUUUGUUGAUGAUGUUGUAAAGGGAUAUGAGAAGCUGAGUGAUGAGAAGAAGUCAAAAUGUUUGCAGUUUCUGCUUGGAAACCACCCGUUUCAUCUUCUCCAUCCAUACACGAAGGAAUGGAAGGCUAAACUGGAGGAAAUGGAGAUGGGUUGCGAUGCUCCUGAAGAUGAUGAUGAUGAUCAUCAUAGUAGUAGCCAUGGAAAUGGGGAUGAUGAGAAUGAGAUGGUUGACUGGAUAGAUGAUGAGAAUAAUGAUGAUAUUGUUUUAGACAUGGAUGAAAUUGCAGAUGAUGAAGAUGAUGAUGAAUUGGGUAUUAAGGAUGAAUAUUUAGAAGAAGAGGAGGAAGAAGAAAAAGAGAAAAAGCAUUGGGAAGAUGAGUUUAAGAAGGCUUUAAGUAGCAGUGAAGAAAUGGAGAAUCUUGUGAAACGAAGUAUAGAAAGUAACAACAAGGUGUAUGAGAAGCAAAUGAAAAUGAUGGGAAUUGAUAAAGAAGAUGAAGAACAAGAAGAAGGACAAGGAGAGAAUGAGAUGGAGUUGAGAGGUAGAAGAGCUAAAGUGUCUAAAGAAGAAUGGAGACGCCUUGGUUAUGGACGAUUUAGGAAGAGAGUCAAGAGAAGCAUUGCUCCGCCUGGUCUUUUCUUAAGAGCUGCUGUUAGACCCUUCACUUACAAGAAUCUUGUCAAGGAGAUUGUCUUGACCAGACACGCCUUUUUAGACGGCGAGAUAGGUAAGAAAUGAGAGACCAGAGACAGAUCUAGAUUAUUUUCUGCUAAUCUUUUUUGGGUGUUAUUGUAAUGAAUAUGCUUAUUUUCAUCAUCAAUUGCUUGCUUGAUUGCUUCCUUCC